UCCAGUGUGCACACGGAGAGAAGCAGAAGGUCCACGCAGCAGCCGAUCAAUCCUCUCAGGGAAUAAACAGCAUUUCAUCAGCGGUUCCUGGACUAUCAUUUAGACGCACACCUUUUGCGAGGACUCUCCACGCGUGGGGUUGCGUAACGGGCGCGUCUUUCUGGUCUCGUGUUGUGACCACGCCGAAAGUCAUUUUGGGGAUCUUCCACGCAGCAUUGUUUGUCUUCACACUUGACUAUUUGAAGUGGAAAUCCGGGUUUUUGUGGAAGUAUACCGCGCAAAUGGUGUGGUGCCGGACCGGACUCCCUGCGCGCAGCUGACCGGCUCAGUGCGCACGGACUGGCGGGUCAGCGGUUGGGUCCUCGCGGCGUUUUCCUCCGGAGACCCAAAGAAGAGUCGUUUUUUCCUGGUAAACGGCUCAGUUUUUGUUGUUGUCGUGAAUGGUUCCGUGGGUUUAACAACACCGGGACUGCGAGGAGCGGACUGUGGAGGGAUCGGACCCGGAACGUACUCGCUCUGCCGUGGGUCUGUUUACAUGAGCGGGCUAUGACAAUGGAUUACGUUCUGCUCUGGUGCGGCUUCUUGCUGGCUGUGGCCUCCGCGGUCGAAGAGACACUGAUGGACACCAAGUGGGCCACAACAGAAUUAGCCUGGACUUCGCACCCUGAGACCGGGUGGGAAGAAGUGAGUGGCUACGACGACGCCAUGAAUCCCAUUCGGACGUACCAAGUCUGCAACGUACGAGAGCUCAACCAGAACAACUGGCUACGCAGCGACUUCAUCCCGCGGAAGGACGUGCUGCGUGUGUACGUGGAGAUGAAGUUCACCGUACGGGAUUGCAACAGCAUCCCCAACAUCCCGGGCUCCUGCAAAGAGACCUUCAACCUCUUCUACUACGAGUCGGACUCGGACUCAGCUACAGCAACCAGUCCUUUCUGGAUGGAAAACCCGUAUGUGAAAGUGGACACCAUCGCGCCUGAUACAAGUUUUUCCAAGCUCGAUUCCGGACUUGUUAACACUAAAGUCAGGAGUUUCGGGCCGUUGUCCAAAGCCGGGUUCUAUCUGGCGUUCCAGGACCUUGGGGCAUGCAUGUCGCUCAUCUCAGUGAGGGUUUUUUAUAAGAAGUGCUCCACCACCAUAGCCAACUUUGCAGUUUUCCCAGAGACAGCAACCGGAGCCGAAGCCACAUCCUUGGUCAUCGCGCCUGGAACUUGCGUACCCAACGCCUUGGAGGUGUCCGUGCCGCUAAAGUUGUACUGCAACGGAGAUGGGGAAUGGAUGGUUCCUGUGGGCGCCUGCACGUGCUCAGCUGGUUUUGAGCCCGCCAUGAAGGACACUCAAUGUCAAGCUUGCAACCCUGGAACCUUCAAGUACAAGCAAGGGGAAGGAUUCUGUCUGCCUUGCCCCGCAAACAGCCGUGCCAGCUCCGGAGCCGCAAGCGUUUGCUCCUGUCGAAACGGUUACUACCGAUCGGACACAGACACGCCCGACUCACCUUGCACCACUGUUCCCUCUGCUCCGCGCAACGUCAUCUCCAGCGUGAAUGAAACCUCGCUCGUCCUGGAAUGGAGCGAGCCCCGGGAUCUGGGCGGCCGCGACGACACCUUCUACAACGUCAUCUGCAAGAAGUGCCUGCCCGAACGGGGAAUGUGCUCCCGCUGCGAUGACAACGUGGAUAUCUCGCCGCGCCACCUGGGUCUUACCCUGCGGCGGGUGGCGGUCCGUAACCUGCAAGCCCACACCCAGUACAGCUUCGAGAUCCAGGCCGUCAACGGCGUCUCCAACAAGAGCCCGUAUACGCCUCAGUUCUCGGCGGUCAACAUCACCACCAAUCAGGCCGCGCCGUCGGCAGUACCCACGGUUCACCUGAUGGCGGCCACGGCGAGCACCAUGAGCCUGUCCUGGCUGCCUCCAGAAAAACCCAACGGAAUCAUUCUGGAUUAUGAGAUUAAGUACCAUGAGAAGGAUCAGGGUGAAGCCAUCGCUCAUACGAUGACGGCCCAACGGAGCAACGCCCGCGUUGAAGGUCUCAAGGCCGGGACGCCGUACGUGGUCCAAGUCCGGGCACGGACAGUGGCUGGUUACGGUCGUUACAGCAGCCCGGCCGACUUCAGCACCAACCUGCAAACUGACCCACCCAAGUUGUGGCAAGAGCAGCUCCCCCUCAUCGUGGGAUCAGCUACCGCCGUCUUUGUCUUCAUCAUUGCCGUUGUGGUCAUCGCUAUCGUCUGCCUCAGAAAACAGAGGAACGGUUCAGAGUCAGAAUAUACGGAGAAACUGCAGCAGUACAAAUCCCCAAUAGUCACUCCGGGAAUGAAGGUCUACAUUGACCCCUUCACCUAUGAGGAUCCCAAUGAAGCCGUGAGGGAAUUUGCCAAAGAGAUUGACGUCUCCUGCGUGAAGAUCGAGGAGGUCAUCGGCGCAGGUAACCCACCAAAGCUCCUGAGCUACAGGGGGAAGACUGCUAGUCACCUCCAGGCCAUACCGUUAGAGGACUUCACACCAAGCGGUACUUUCACUCAAUUCAUCGGAGAGUUUGGCGAAGUGUGCCGCGGUCGCCUCAAGCUUCCCGGCCGCCGUGAGAUCAUCGUUGCCAUCAAGACCCUCAAAGUGGGAUACACAGACCGGCAGAGGAGGGACUUUCUCUCCGAGGCGUCCAUCAUGGGGCAGUUUGACCACCCCAAUAUUAUCCGCUUGGAGGGUGUCGUCACCAAGAGUCGACCGGUGAUGAUUGUGACCGAGUUCAUGGAGAAUGGAGCGCUGGACUCGUUUUUAAGGCUCAACGAUGGGCAGUUCACCGUCAUCCAGCUCGUGGGCAUGCUGCGUGGCAUCGCAGCAGGCAUGAAGUACCUCUCAGAUAUGAACUAUGUACACAGAGACUUGGCUGCCCGGAACAUCCUGGUCAACAGCAACCUGGUGUGCAAAGUGUCCGACUUUGGCCUAUCCCGUUUCCUGGAAGAUGACCCUACGGACCCUACCUACACCAGCUCACUGUAUUUCAUGCUCACCUACUCAUUCGCAUAUCCCCAGGGAGGGAAGAUACCUAUUCGAUGGACCGCGCCCGAGGCCAUUGCCUACAGGAAGUUCACCUCCGCAAGCGACGUGUGGAGCUACGGCAUUGUCAUGUGGGAAGUCAUGUCGUACGGAGAGAGGCCGUACUGGGACAUGAGCAAUCAGGAUGUGAUAAAUGCCGUGGAGCAGGACUACCGACUGCCCCCACCCAUGGACUGCCCCACGGCGCUGCACCAGCUCAUGUUAGACUGCUGGGUGAAGGAACGCAACCUGCGGCCCAAAUUCACUCAGAUAGUCGCCACGUUGGAUAAACUCAUCCGCAACGCCGCCAGCCUCAAGGUGGUCACCAACAGCACGCAGUCGAGCGGGGUAUCCCAACCCUUGCUUGACCGCUGCGUGCCCGACUACACAACUUUCACCACUGUGGGGGACUGGCUGGACGCCAUCAAGAUGAGCCGCUACCAGGAGAAUUUCAUCAACGCCGGAUUUGCUUCCUUUGACCUGGUUGCUCAGAUGACAGCAGAGGACUUGCUGCGGAUAGGGGUCACCCUGGCCGGCCACCAGAAGAAGAUCCUAGGUAGCAUUCAGGACAUGAGACUACAGAUGAACCAAACACUUCCUGUCCAGGUGUGACCGAACGGGCACCCAGACCGGCGCAGUCGCAGGAUGGCCAGAUAAAGGGGGACACAUGGGGGAGGACCCACGCCAGACGGAACCGUUGGAAAAACCCAAGCUGCCUGACCCAUCUCGGCUCAUUAGAUGCUUUGAAACUGGCCUGCAGUGCCUCGGACUUAUGUACUUUUUCUUGAGUUUUUCCACGACGACCACUUCCUGUUUUAUGUUACUCAUCGUGUACUUUGUGUGUGUCGGCAAGAGGGAUCGGACCCCCCCUUUUCAUCCCAAUAUAGCCUCAAAAGCUCUGGUGUUGGCUGACGUUUGCAUGACGGUGUUUUAGGGAGCCUUUGGAGUUGGAUCCUGAUGACAGCGCCCCCUUCCCCCCCCAAAAAAAUGCAGUUCAGAAGGUGUUUGACUGCGCACGUGCUGUUCUCCAUCUUCAUAUUGAAGGUGUUAAUUAAAAGGACACUUGCUGAAGGCGGGUGAGGUACGACGAUGGGCUGAGGCGGAACAUCAGGGUGACGACUGAGGUCAAAGAACCGCAGGGACUCUUCUUUGGACUGCGGCGGCACCUGAAGGAGAGUUAUUAAGAUCAGGAUCACUCGCUCGUCCACUGUUUUUUUUUUUUUUUAUCACACAUUUUCAUUUUUGUUCGUCCACAUUUUGCUUUCUUUUUGACUUCCUUACAUUUUGGGAGAUUUGUGGUUUCAAAAUGGCUGGUCAAACUGAGGUGAGGUACCCCGAGUGAGGACACGAGGACUGUGGCAACACCAUGGACAGACCACUAGGCCUUUUUGGUGUGUUUUUGUAUGUGCGUGCGCGUGUGGGCGUGUGUGUAGGUUAGUGUGCUUGGACACAAGCAUACUGUACAAUACAGCUUCCGCUAUUUGCCACUGUGGAGAAUAACGCAUGAACUGAACCCACACAAGGAGCAAUUAUAUCUGAAUUAUGCUAUAUUCUGUGGACUACUUUUUUAUGGACUCACGAGAAGAACUUUGGACAAUACAUAUGCAUAGAACGUAUGCAGAGAAACACCUUGUGGACAACUUUCUACUUACUAGUACCUGGAUUCAGAAAUAAUCAAAUUAUUGUUUAAUUUGUUGACACCCCUCCCUAUGUAUUUAUUUGUGCCCCGAGCCCGCCCCUACACUCCCCUACCGCCCCACCCGGAUGGGAAGGUGGACUUGAAACAAUCAGAUGGAACCCUGAAAAGGAUUUAGCUAACGAAUCGAUGAUUAAACUAAAUAAAUGCUGUAUACAUUGCAUUUUGUAUUUUUGUUGUACAUUUUUGUCAAAAAGCCGUGAUCGGUGAACAAAGUGUUGAUUGAAAGAGAAGCAAAAGCAAGCAAAGAUAGACUGAAAAACAUCCGUCAAACUAUUUACGUGCUUACGUCUACCCAACUUAUUUACGUGGACUGUUAAACAUACAUUUAAUAGGAGCUCCCGUCAAACUCCAUUAUAUCAACUGCCCCGUUUCCCAAUCUUCUGUUUACUUCCUGUUCAAGAUGAUCUUCAAAAAGAAUCCGGAGCUGUCAAAAGAGAAAGCGUCGGUCUUGUCUGUCGGGUCCAUUAACGCUUCCAACCGUCUGACUUUGCAGGGAUGAAGUGAAUGCAGACAUAUGGCUGGCCGCCCUAUCAUUAUUUCUCUUCAUUUCCUGUCUGGGCCUGCAAUCAUCCUGUCUCGGCUCAUCGUUCUGCAUUAUUAGAACCGUGCCGGAUCAACGGCCCUGGCGAAGCAGCACCAAAACCUGCAGGCUCCAUCUUGCUUUAUGCAGCCUGCCCGGCGGAUUAGAAGCUGGUGGUCGGCUUCCAUGCAGUCUGUGAUCUUUGGGUUGAACAUGAAGAUGAGUAGUUGGAGUGUUUUGAUGUUGGUCUGUCUCGUACCACAGGGGAACUCGUGCGAGACAACAGUGUGCUUCCUGUUUUACACCGCUUUCUGUCCCCACACUUGGGGGCUUGCAGUCCUUGCCUGUAGAAUGAUUCCUACAAUCAGUCGACUGUACCAGUCAAUAGAAACCCAGUCAACAGUACAGUUCAGUCCAUGUUAGACCAGGUCUUAGGCCAAUCCUUUCAUAGGGCAGUGCCAUGCGAACUGCAAUCCCCUGGUUGUUGACAGAAAUUGGCACAAAAGCAACAAUGGGAAACGCAUAGAAACCCCAAAUUUCUUUAACAUGCAGUUGAAAGCAGAGGUGGCAGAUCGCCACCGUUUUGCAAGUCUCAAAUCUUUCAUCUCAAGUCUCAAUUGAGAGAUGUUCAAGUCCGAGGGAAAACUAGACAGGUGGAGCCAAGGCCAAAGUAAAAAUCCUGAAAUUGACAAAAAAAAUGUAUGCAUUUUGACAGCUUUUAUUAUGUUUGGAUAUUCUGAUGAGUGUUUAGUCUUGGCAUAUGGUGUUGGUAAGAACCGAACUGUGGUGGCAACAUGGUUCAAUGUCUUGAUGCGACUCCCAACAACAUACAAUUGACAAGAAUGAAGUGGCUUCUGAAGGCGUGUCAGCUCGCUAAGAAUAAAUGAGCCUGGUGUUGCACAUCUUCCAACUAUUAAAUGGCUUCCACUUUGACCUCAGACCCUUGGAGUGGAUUGGCCACACAGUCAGUACUUGUAAUAUUCGAAACUACAAAUCAGAAAAGAGAAUUCAAAGUUUCGGUUCCAGCUACUGACUGUCAAAUAGACUUUGGUUUAUGCCUGAAAAUGGCUUCCCUAUUUGAGUCUUUGGUUCCACAACGUACUUUUACCCUCACCUUUUUUUGUGUGUUGAAUCAUUUAACACAGAGAACCAAACGUGUCACAGAUCUUUCUACUUUGACUUGUUCUCUCCUGUUUGAAACACGAGUAUUUUAUGCCCUUGCACUCUCACUUCACAUCUUCUGUUCCCAAAUAACCAUGAAGGAAAGUGGAAUGUGGGAAGAUGGGAUAUACAGUCAUCCAUCGUUUAUAGCGGUUAAUUGGGUUCCAACUCAACCACGGUACAUUUUUUUCUGAGGGAACAGAAAUUUGCUUAUGACUUUGUAAGUAUAGCCUUGAAAUAACCCCCCAACGGUCACCAUGACACUCCAAUUAUUCAUUGUUUGCACCAGACUAUUAUGCUAUUGGGACUCUCGCUGGAUGACAAGCUAGCUAGCUAACUAGUUAGGGUUUCAAAUGGAGUCGGGAAGGACUUACCACUUUCACACCAACUGGGAGGAGGACCUUUGUUCAGUCUGCAUCCAUGCUGUCUCUAUGCAGUACAAGGUAGGGUAAUAGUGGGAUGGAUGCCUUUACUGCACAUCAUUUGCAUUUCAAUAUGUUUGUACUAUGAUCGACAAAAGUCGACCACAAAACUGCAAUCAUUCAUGAAUUUAUUUAAAACGUGAUAUAGCGAAAUUGCCAAAAUCAAACCGCGAUACUGCGAGGGACGACUG